AUGAAUCUACCGACCUUAUUACCUGCCUCGCAAGAGUCAUUGCAGAAUGCUGCUCUACUACAGUUUAAGAAACAACCAUACCCAACCUCAAUCACUUCAUUCAUCACUGCAAUCCCUCUCGCUACAAAGCCUCCUUCCGCUACAAGCAUACCGUCUUCACGAACAAGUCCUAUGCUAGACAUGGGAAGCUCAUUACAAACCUCCCCCGAGGGCCCGGCGCCUUCGGAUCUGGUCCCUCACUCUCUACCAACCUCCUUCACCCUGCCUGAACCAUGGCAGUCGCCCGCCGUGUCACCACCGCCUGCCGCCUCUCCUUCCGCUCACUCCGAAGCUCCCAUCUCCAAGGGGAACCUCUUCCGCCGAAUCUCGAAUCGCGCCAGAAUGCCUCGUCGUCGGGGCUCUGCUACAAAUCAACAACGCGAGAAUAGCUUGGGUCCAACAAUUAUGAGAAGGAGACGCGACAGCAGAGGCUUCACGGAGCAUCAUGAGAUCUCUGACCUGGAGCUGGAAUACUAUGAUGAUGACGAGGACAGUGACGACGGAGAAGGCGGUGAACAUUCACCCCUUACCACGCAAUUGAACGGUCUCGGCAUCACUGCUCCAAAGUCAAUGAUGCAAUCGAUACCAGAAGGGCGCGCCGAAGCUCCAGUACGUUCUUCGAGACUCCAGAUUGGCAGUCUGCUGUCCAAGGUCACGAAGAAGAAGAGAAAGAAUGUGAGAUUCUGUCUGGAUGAAGUCUUGGCCAAGGUCUCGUGGGACGUCUUUUCCAAAACCAAGCAAUUCUUCAUCGACGAUAUCAAGGACAUUCGAACACGCGCGGAAGCUAGAUCUUUCCGCGAGGAGUGCGGCGUCGACGUUGCCUACGAACCGUUUUGGUUCACCAUCACAUACUCCUGCGACGGCGACCGGUCCAAAGGAAAGAAGACGAAAUUCCUUCACCUCAUUGCCCCUGACGAGGCCACCUUCACCCUAUGGACGAGCACACUUGACUCGGUGUCGCGACGUCGCAUCGACCUCAUGGCAGGCCUCGCCGGCACUGCAGAGAAGAGCGCGAAGAUAUUCUGGCGCAAUACGAUGGAUCAGAAGUUUGGCAGCACGUCGCAUGACGAGUCCGAGGAGAAGCUUGACUACCCGAGCAUUCUUCAAAUUUGUCGCAAACUUCACAUCAAUUCUACCGAGAAUGCCAUUCGCUGGCACUUUGACAAAGCAGACGCUGACAAUUCUGGAUAUCUGGAUCAAUCACAAUUCCUGGCAUUUGUGCGGCGCCUCAAGGACAGAAAGGACAUCAAGAGCCUGUACCGUGAGAUCAAGGGUCAGGAUCAAGAAGGACUGGACCGUGCGAGCUUCUUCUCCUUUCUCCGCAACAUACAGAAAGUUGACGUGGACGCCAAUCUCGAACACUGGAAUGAGGCUUUUGCGAAAUGCUCGCGCGUUCCAAAGAAGAGUGAAGGAGCAAGCGAGUCUAUGCCAUUGAUGUCGUGGCAACAUUUCUCACAGUUCUUGACCUCUUCCUACAACUCCAUACUCCGGCCGCCACCAAAGGAAUACACGUUGGAUCGCCCACUCAACGAGUACUUUGUCUCGAGCUCGCACAACACAUACCUUCUUGGCCGACAGGUCGCUGGCGAAUCUAGCCCUGACGCAUACAUUCUCCCGCUUCAAAGAGGAUGCAGGUGCAUCGAGAUCGACUGCUGGGAUGGCAGUGACGGAAAGCCGAUAGUCUCCCAUGGCCGCACUUUCACGACGAGCUGCUCAUUUGCUGAAUGCAUCAAGGUUGUCAACAAAUACGCCUUUGUAGCAUCUCCGUACCCACUCAUCAUCUCACUCGAGGUUCACUGCAAUGAGCAACAACAGGCAGUCAUGACUGAAACGAUGAAGAGGGAGUUUGGCGACGCACUGAUACUACGCCCAAUCGACGACCGCGACGAACUGCCUUCUCCCGAACGGCUGAGGAACAAGAUCCUCAUCAAAGUCAAGUCGGCAAUGCCAGUCAUCAAGGAGACCAUCCUAACCCCGUCAGCCCCACCACACAGGCGCCAGAGGAGCUUCAGCUCGCCAUGGUCAAGGCCUGUAGCGAUGGACAAUAGCCUCGUUCCAAACGCCCCAUUGGCCGCCAGCCCGACAUCGAUAAGCCCGCCCGAGCGCACCACCUCAUUCUUCUCCUCGCCCCGAACAUCAGCAGCUACCUCGGCAGGAACCCAGUUGACGUUGGCCAGUUCCGCCGAUGACAGUGACAGCCCGCCAUCGUUCAAGUCGGAAAAGGGAGCACGAAAGAAGACCAGCAAGAUUGCAUCAGUCCUUGGAGAGCUGGCCGUGUACACUCAGGGACUCAAGUUUACGGAUUUCAAGUCACCGGCAGCACAGAGCUACAAUCACAUCUUCUCCUUUGGCGAGCGAACCUUUGAGGCACGGUGCAAGCCGGGAUCUGAGAGCAAGGCACUCCUUGAGGCACACAAUAUGUUGCACCUGAUGCGGGUCUAUCCGGGGCCCAGGCGCAUCAAUUCGUCCAACUUUGAUCCUCUGAAAUAUUGGCGCAAGGGUGUCCAGAUGGCCGCUCUCAAUUGGCAGACAUACGAUGUGGGACGUCAAAUCAACGACGCCAUGUUCGCUACAGGCAGCGAUCGUUCUGGCUACGUCUUGAAGCCUGCCGAGCUUCGAUAUGAGGAUAGCGACUUUCUUGGGAAGUUUGCCGGCCCAAAGAACAAGCCCAAGAAACAAGUCAGCUUCUCGGUCAACAUCAUCUCGGCCCAGCAGCUUCCACGUCCCUAUAAUGUCAGCACGGACACGAACAUCAACCCGUACGUCGAGUUUGAGAUGUUCUGCGCAGACGACAAGCGGCGCGGCAUCGCAAGUGGAGAAGGUGGCCUCGACGCGUCAUCUCGGGACGGCAUUUCGGGGAUUGGAUCUCCGCUUCGCAAGCGAACCCGCCCAGUCGGCAACAACGGCUACGACCCGAACUGGAGCGAAAACAUCACCAUGACCCUGGAGACCAAAUAUCCCAGCCUCGUAUUCGUACGGUGGUCUGUGUGGAACUCGCCGGAUGGCACGAAUGCGAACACCAGCGGCCAGCCGCUUGCAAUAUUCACUGCUAAGCUGAGCACUCUGCAAGAGGGCUAUCGCCAUCUGCCCUUGUACAACACCAACGGCGAGCAAUACCUCUUCUCGACGCUGUUCUGCAAGAUUGAAAAGGCUGAUCACGUGCCCAUUCACGAGACGAAUUACUUUGACAGCAACCCCAACUCGCCCUCGAUUGACGGUAGAUCCGGCCAUCGAGGCAUCUUCAGUCGAGUGCUAAGCAGAUCCAACUCGCAAAACAAAAGGAACAAGUCACGGCCGCGCGGGGACUGCGAAACUCCUUCCCUCCCGAUCAGCCGCGCGACCACGAUCCGCACUGAUACGGACUCUUCGUUCAGCCGGGGCUAA